CGUCAAUUGGUAAAGUACUGGCGAUCUCAGUCGUACAGAUGUGUGACAUUUCUAGAUGAUGGGAUAAUGUCUGGUGAUAGUUUGAAUAGUGCAAGAAGCAUUGGGCUAGCUAUCAAGAGUGACCUGAUUAAAUCCGGUUUUGUACCGAAGGUUGAGAAGUCGUUAUGGGAGCCAAGUCAAGUUGUUGAGUGGCUGGGUCUUGUCAUUGAUACCAGAGUUAUGAUGUUGUCCAUUCCUACACGGAGGCUGGACAAGCUACUGUCGUCUGUCCGAUAUCUGUUAGAUCAUCCAGAUGUCUUUGAGAUUGCGUACGCUGAUGACAUUCAUAGCCUUUCAGGCCCAGGCAGAGAGUUGGUCAUUGUAUGGCUCGGUGCCAUGAGAGCAGCUCGUUGCUACAGGAGAGGCUCGUCGCCUUUUGAGAGGCUUGUCGCCGUUGGCUAUGCUUGGAGCCGAUAG